AUGAAUGCUUUAGAGUAUUUUAUGACCCAUUUGAAAUACGAGAGAGAUCCUAAGAUUAAAGAAGAAAUAUCUCAGAAGUUUGCUGAAUAUCUAAAGAGAGCUGAAGAGAUACGUGCUGUUCUCGAUGAUCCUCGACCGCAACCUCACGUAAUCCAAGACCCUGUGAAGUCCAAGCUUUUCAAGGAGCAUGCCAUCGAUUAUCUUAAACGAGCUGUUAAAGAAGAUAAUGAAAUGAAUUAUGCCAAAGCAUUUCCAUUAUAUAUGAAUGCUUUAGAAUAUUUUAAGACCUAUUUCAAGUAUGAGUCGAAUUUGAAGAUUAGAGAAGCAGUACAACAAAAAUUUAGUGAAUAUUUGAGGAGAGCAGAGGAGUUGCGUGUUAUUCUGGAUUAUGGUAAUCCUCCUCAAGCCCAGAAAGCUAGUCCUUCAACUGAAGAGAUCCCACAGGUUAGCAAGGAUGAUUCCAACACGAGCUCAAGUGGUUGAAGAAAAAAGACUAUCAUUCGCGUAAACACAUUGAUGGACUGAGGGAUUGUAGUUUCAAAGGCACUAAUAUGGUAAAAAAGAAAGAAAAGAAAAAGAAUGUUAUUAUCCAGUAUUCAAUGGUGAU